UGGGAGUCCUUGCCCACCGCGGUGCCCUCUGAGGCCAUGCCGCGCCCCGGGUGCCCCACCGGCGCCCGCUUGCGCCUCCUGCUGCUCCUGCCGCCGCUGCUACUGCUCCGGAGCAGCCAUGCGGGCAACCUGACGGUGGCCGUGGUGCUGCCGCUAACCAACACCUCAUACCCGUGGUCGUGGGCGCGCGUGGGUCCGGCCGUGGAACUGGCCCUGGCCAGGGUGAAGGCGCGGCCCGACUUGCUGCCAGGCUGGACGGUCCGCAUGGUGCUGGGCAGCAGCGAGGACGCGCGGGGCGUCUGUUCCGACACCGCCGCACCUCUGGCCGCGGUGGACCUCAAGUGGGAGCACGAGCCGGCCGUGUUCCUGGGCCCCGGCUGCGUGUACGCCGCGGCCCCGGUGGGGCGCUUCACCGCUCACUGGCGUGUGCCGCUGCUGACGGCCGGCGCCCCGGCGCAUGGCUUCGGGGCUAAGGACGAGUACGCACUGACCACGCGCGCCGGGCCCAGCUACGCCAAGCUGGGUGACUUCGUGGCGGCGCUGCACCGACGGCUGGGCUGGGAGCGCCGGGCGCUCGUGCUCUACGCCCAACAGCAUCCUGACGACAAGCGCUGCUUCUUCGUAGUGGAGGGACUGUACAUGCGGGUCUCCGACCAUCUCAAUAUCACGGUGGACGACCUGGCGUUCGCCGAGGGCGACCUCAACUACUACUCCCAGCUGCUGCGGACCGUGCAGCGCAAAGGCCGAGUUAUCUACAUCUGCAGUUCCCCAGAUGCCUUCAGAACCCUGAUGCUUCUGGCCCUGGAAGCUGGCCUGAGUGGAGAGGACUAUGUUUUCUUCCACCUGGAUCUCUUUGGGCAAAGCCUGCAAGAAGCUCAUGGCUCUGCUUCCCACAGGCCCUGGAAGAGAGGAGAUGGGCAGGAUGUCAGUGCCUCCCGAGCCUUUCAGGCUGCCAAAAUCAUUACAUAUAAAGAGCCAGAUAAUCCUGAGUACUUGGAAUUCCUGCAGCAACUAAAACCCUUGGCCCAUGAGCAGUUCAACUUAACCAUGGAGGAUGGCCUGGUGAACACCAUCCCAGCAUCCUUCCACGACGGGCUCCUGCUCUUUGUCCAGGCAGUGACAGAGACUCUGGCACAUGGGGGAACUGUCACCGAUGGGGAGGGCAUCACUCAGCGGAUGUGGAACCGAAGUUUCCAAGGUGUGACAGGAUACCUGAAAAUAGACAGCAAUGGAGAUCGAGAGACUGACUUCUCCCUCUGGGAUAUGGAUCCUGAGACUAGUGCCUUUAGGGUCGUUCUGAACUACAAUGGGACUUCCCAGGAGCUGGUGGCAGUGUCAGGGCGCACACUGCACUGGCCCCUAGGAUACCCACCUCCUGACAUCCCCAAAUGCGGUUUUGACAACGAGGACCCCAUCUGCAACCAAGCCCACUUUUCCACCCUGGAGGUGCUGGCUUUGGUGGGCAGCCUCUCUCUGCUCAGCAUUCUGAUCGUCUCCAUCUUCAUAUACAGGAAGAUGCAGCUGGAAAAGGAACUGGCCUCGGAGCUGUGGCGGGUGCGUUGGGAAGACUUGCAGCCCAGUAGCCUUGAGAGGCACCUGCGGAGUGCAGGCAGCCGGCUGACCUUGAGUGGGAAAGGCUCCAAUUAUGGCUCCCUGCUCACCACAGAGGGCCAGUUCCAAGUCUUUGCCAAGACAGCGUAUUAUAAGGGCAACCUUGUGGCUGUGAAACGUGUGAACCGUAAACGCAUUGAACUGACCCGAAAAGUCCUGUUUGAACUGAAGCAUAUGCGGGACAUACAGAAUGAACACCUGACCAGGUUUGUGGGCGCCUGCACCGACCCCCCCAACAUCUGUAUCCUCACAGAAUACUGUCCCCGUGGGAGCCUGCAGGAUAUUCUGGAAAACGAGAGUAUCACCCUGGACUGGAUGUUCCGAUACUCUCUCACCAAUGACAUCGUCAAGGGGAUGCUGUUCCUGCAUAAUGGGGCCAUUUGCUCCCAUGGGAACCUCAAGUCAUCCAACUGUGUGGUAGAUGGUCGAUUUGUGCUCAAGAUCACUGACUAUGGGCUGGAGAGCUUCAGGGACCCAGAGCCAGACCAAGGACACACCCUCUAUGCCAAAAAGUUGUGGACAGCCCCUGAGCUCCUGCGAAUGGCCUCGCCCCCUGCCCGGGGCUCCCAGUCUGGUGAUGUCUAUAGCUUUGGGAUCAUCCUUCAGGAAAUUGCCCUGAGGAGUGGCGUAUUCCACGUGGAAGGUUUGGACCUCAGCCCCAAAGAGAUCAUUGAACGUGUGACUAGGGGUGAGCAGCCCCCCUUCCGGCCCUCCUUGGCCCUGCAGAGUCACCUGGAGGAACUGGGGCACCUGAUGCAGAGGUGUUGGGCUGAAGACCCGCAAGAGCGGCCGCCUUUCCAGCAGAUCCGCCUGAUGCUGCGCAAGUUCAACAGAGAGAACAGCAGCAACAUCCUGGACAACCUGCUGUCCCGCAUGGAGCAGUACGCCAACAACCUGGAGGAGCUGGUGGAGGAGCGCACCCAGGCCUACCUGGAGGAGAAGCGGAAGGCUGAGGCCCUGCUCUACCAGAUCCUGCCUCACUCAGUGGCUGAGCAGCUGAAGCGCGGGGAGACAGUCCAGGCGGAAGCCUUUGACAGCGUUACUAUCUACUUCAGUGACAUUGUGGGUUUCACAGCCCUGUCAGCUGAGAGCACGCCCAUGCAGGUGGUGACCCUGCUCAAUGACCUGUACACUUGCUUUGAUGCGGUGAUAGAUAACUUCGAUGUGUACAAGGUGGAGACGAUCGGCGACGCCUACAUGGUGGUGUCUGGACUCCCGGUGCGGAAUGGGCGGUUACACGCACGCGAGGUGGCCCGCAUGGCCCUGGCGCUGCUGGACGCUGUGCGCUCUUUCCACAUCCGCCACCGGCCCCAGGAGCAGCUGCGCUUGCGCAUCGGCAUCCACACGGGACCUGUGUGUGCCGGUGUGGUAGGGUUGAAGAUGCCCCGUUACUGUCUCUUUGGGGACACAGUCAACACGGCCUCAAGAAUGGAGUCUAACGGGGAAGCCCUGAAGAUCCACUUGUCUUCUGAGACCAAGGCUGUCCUGGAGGAGUUUGGUGGUUUCGAGCUGGAGCUUCGAGGGGAUGUAGAAAUGAAGGGCAAAGGCAAAGUUCGGACCUACUGGCUCCUGGGGGAGCAGGGGAAUAGCACCUGAGGAUGACCUGCCUCUCCUCCUGGACUUCCACACCUCCCUUCCCUGUGCCAGAAGUGACAGAGAGGUGCCAGGCCUCACCCUUGCCCACAGCAGCCCCACCAUUGCCAAAGGAUCAGAGAAGUGGUUUGAACAGCUCAGGUGUGCUCAGUCCAGUGGAGACACCACAUAUCACCUCUGAAAGAGGACUGGUGUGGGGGGAGAGAGAACUCGGAGCUUACAUGACCAGACCAAAGCUCACAGUCGUGCCCAGUGGCACACACAUAGGCACACACACCCACUAUCCACCCUGACUCAGGACAGGCUGGGGUGUGGAUUCCUGGAUCCACCUGUCCCUCUCUGUGCCCUCCUCCCCCAGCCUUGCUACACUGUGAUUUUUAUGGUGAAGGGGAAGAGCCACCUUUGGGGGAAUAGGAAAAGGGGCUACAGGUGAAUCUAAGGGGUAGAGGGUGGUCCGUAUCUGGGCCUAGCCCACAUGUACCACAAAUACCCCCCUAUCUCCCACCACCCAAUAUUGAUUCAGUGUGCAGGGAAGAGGUGUGGGAUGGAGGGGCUGAAGGUCUGUAUGCCUUGCUUCUCCUGUGA